UGGGGAGGACUGGGGGUGCUCGGGGGCGCCGACGCGUUCAAAUUCCAAAGGGGGACCUCUGCCGUGUGGGUUGCCUGGGUCAAGCUGGUCAAGCCUGCAUUGGCUGGUUGCGCCCUGGACAAUAGCGCCGUGAAGAUGGCCAAGAUGGCCCUGUGCUGGCGGCACUGCUGGCGGCACGCGCGGGGCGCCGUGUUCUGCGGGCUGUGGCUGGCGUCCAUCCUCAGCGGCUGGCUGCUGCUGUGCUGCCCGCUGCUGCCCCUGCUGGUGCUGCGGCCGCGCGCUUACCGCGUCUGCAUCGACAUCGUGUUCGCCAUGUGGGAGCUCUACCCCGCGGCGCUGAUCCGCGUGGUGCUGCGGACCAUGGUGGUGGUGACGGGCGACGCGGUGAGCGGCGGUGAGCGGUCGCUGCUUGUCAUGAACCACCGCACCAGACUGGACUGGAACUUCUUGUGGGCGGGGAUGCACCUCGCGGCCCGCCGCGGCCCGCAGGCCAGCCGCCUCAAGUUCGUCCUCAAGGCGCCCAUCGCGCACGUGCCGGGGCCAGGCUGGGUCAUGCAGAUGGCGUGCCACCUGUACAUCCACAGGAACUGGGAGAAGGACCAGCAGCUGCUGGCGCAGAGCCUCCGCUUCUUCAAGGACACCAACCACACCUGCCAGAUCCUGCUGUUCCCGGAAGGCACCGACCUGACGGCGCAGAGCACGGCGCGCAGCGACCGCUGGGCGGACACCCACGGCCUGCCCAAGUACAAGUUCGUGCUGCACCCCAAGACCACCGGCUUCGUGUUCCUGGCAGACACCAUGCGGCAGUAUAAACAUCUGGACGCCAUUUACGAUGUCUCCGUGGGAUAUCCAAGAACUCUAGUGCAAAGUGAGGUGGAUUUGUUUCAAGGUAGUGUUCCAGAGGAGAUCCACUUUCAUUUUAAAAGGUACAAUCUGGCAGAUAUACCAGAGUCAGAAAAUGACUUGAAGCUCUGGUUAGCACAAAGGUGGAAAGAAAAGGAAGACAAACUUUGUCAAUUUUACAAAGAUGGUUACUUCAAAGCAGCAGACUCAGAAAUGGAAAGAAGAGAACAAGAGCCUACUGAAACUGCCUUAUGCUUGGCAUUGUGUUUCUGGACAGGGUUGAUUUGUUUAGCUAUAUGGUUAAUGCUGGUUAGCACAGCUGUUCAACUGUAUGCAUUGACACAUGCCAUCAUCUUCAUUGUUCUUUCACUAAUUGGAUCUGGUGCUCAUAUUCUUGAAAUUCAGCUACACCAAGCUAGGCAUAAAUACAUGAAAAAGAAGUGAGUGUCUUGUAGAUGUUCUUUCAUCUUUCAUCUUAGCCUCACGAGUAGUUUGGCAUCUGUCAUAAAGUUUUUUCAUUUUGACAUUAUCAUUUUGAGGAAUGUUUGAUCACUAUCUUCAAAAAUAGAUUGGGAGGGGGGGACAUGUUCAAUUCAGAAUUUAUGGAGGGAUCCUGGCUAAAUUAUUUCAGUUACUUCAUAGUAAAAUGUUAUUUUAUCUCAAAAAAUUAAUUUUUGAUGUUUGGGACUUCUGUUAAUGCCACAAAAAAUUGCUAGAGAAGGGCAAGGAACAGCAAGAACUUAUUCUUUAAUGUAGGAAAUAAGAGACUUGCAAUUUGUUUUGUCACUUCAUUGAUAUUACUUUUGCUGUAUAACAAAAUUGUGAUAUUUUACGGCCUAAGAAUAGAAAGAGUUAUUUAUUUUAGACACAUCUUCCAGAAUUUGUAGCAAACCUAUAAAAGCGGAAUAUGUUCCAUCGCUUAUCUCAGUUCAAUUCAGAGUCACCAAAUCACAGAAGGUGAUCCUUGAAACCAGAGUGGUCUACAUUAUAUUUGAACAUACAUCAAGGCAAUUGAUUAAACAGUUUAACAUGAGUUCUUCUGAAAGAAAAAAGAGUAGUAACACAUACCUUACUUUCUUUACUUUAAGGCAAAAAAAACUGUUUCAGUCCAAUAUCAAAUUGUAAAGAUGACAAAAUCUAUUAAUAAAACCCAAAACUGUGUUUAACGUGAUGAGUGAUAAAAUAAUUGAUGCUGUCAAAUUUAAUGUACCUGGUUGUUAACAUUAAUUUUUAGAGCUAGUCACAUUGAGCAAAGACGUUACAACUGAGUUCUUAAAAGUAUACCCUUCUUACUGCCCAACAAAAAUCACAAAAUGUCAAAUCAAAUCAAGUUUAGAGAGUUUACAGCACACUUUUGUCAAAGUAGUCUUUUGCUGAUACUGUCUUUUGCUAACCAUCAAUUGAUUUCAGAGACAGGCAAACUUAUUUGUGUUUUCUGUGUUUAAUUUGUCAAUUUUAGAUUAUAAGACAAAAUUUAAAAAUGUGAUCAUCAAUUUCAUCUGUGGAACUGCUGUAAUAUUGAGUUAAAAGCGUCUUACAUGGAAAUCAAACCACAAAUUCAAGUAGCACGCACAGUGUCUGCAACUGUUCUUUCGAACUUGUGGUUUGAGAUAAAACAAAAAUACUUAAUACUUUUGAGUUAUUCUGAUGACUUUACAAAAUAAGUUUCAAUUUUGUGGUAUGCUGAGCAGUUAUUUAUUUAUUGUAGAGUGGAUGGCAUUUUAAUGUCCAUGCAUUGUCUGUGAAUUCAAUUGUGCCAAAUAAGAAAAUUAGUAUUAGUGUGAACAUGGUUUUGUUUUCCCAUCUAGGUACAGUUCUACUUACGAAGGGAAAGGUGAUAAAUCCAAUUUUGCACAGUAAAUUUGUGAACGUUGA